AGGUUAUUCGAUGAGAGCAGACUUGCGGCUAAUCCCGAGAUAAGCGAAAACAAUCUAGUUGAGCUUAGAGAAAAGGAAUAUUCAAGCUGGCAACAAAAAUAUGUGGAAGAUACAUGGAAGGAUAAUUCAUAUCCAAAAUGGUUGCGAACUCUAGUUCAUGGUCCAAUGAUUCAGGUUACUUCUUUGCCAAUUGAUGAUUCUAUUGUUCAAGCUGAUUCGUUGAAUGUUGAGACACUAACAUAUCUACAAGGCGAAGUAGAAGAUCUUGAUGAUCCAGAAGUAGUAGCAGAAAUUGGAUCAGACGUUGAAGAUGGAAAUUCUGAUAUCGAAUUAUCUAGUGAUGAAUCUGAAUAA